AUGGUUGUAGUCUUCAUCAGCUCUAAGCAGUGUUUGUUUGAAUCCCUUCAGCCCGGCGUGAUCGACAAGUUCGCUGGAGACACGCGGGCCAUCAUUACCAAGGUGGCCUCAGAGGCUGAGAACAAGGGGUUGUUUGAGGAGGCCGUCAAACUGUACGAGUUAGCCAAGAACGCUGAUAAGGUUCUGGAGCUGAUGAACAAAUUGUUGAGUCCAGUUAUCGCUCAAGUUAGCGAGCCCCAGUCCAACAAAGAGCGACUCAAAAACAUGGCAGUGGCUAUUGCUGAACGGUACCGUACUAACGGUAUAGCUGGGGAGAAGUCUGUGGACAGCACCUUCUACCUGCUUCUGGAUCUCAUGACGUUCUUUGAUGAGUACCACGCCGGCCACAUAGACCGAGCCUACGAUGUGAUUGAGAGGCUAAAGCUGGUUCCCUUAAGUCAGGAGAGUGUUGAAGAACGGGUUGCAGCCUUCAGAAACUUCAGCGACGAGGUAAGAGAUCUGAAAGCAUUAGCAUAA